AUGAGCAACGAAGAUUACGGGUACGACUACGAUUAUCUGUUUAAGAUAGUUCUUAUUGGGGACUCCGGCGUGGGUAAAUCGAAUUUGUUGUCGAGGUUCACCACCGAUGAAUUCAACAUCGAAUCCAAAUCUACGAUUGGGGUAGAAUUCGCGACAAGAACCAUUGAAGUUGAGAACAAGAAGAUAAAAGCGCAGAUCUGGGACACUGCGGGGCAGGAACGGUACAGGGCUAUCACAUCUGCUUACUACCGUGGUGCAGUGGGAGCACUUAUAGUAUAUGAUAUAAGCAAAUCGAGCUCGUACGAGAACUGCAACCAUUGGCUCACCGAGUUAAGAGAAAACGCAGACGACAACGUUGCUGUCGGGUUGAUAGGAAAUAAAUCGGAUCUGGCUCAUCUGAGAGCUGUGCCAACGGAUGAAGCGAAGAACUUCGCUAUGGAAAAUCAAAUGUUAUUUACAGAAACAAGCGCUUUAAAUAGUGACAAUGUAGAUAGGGCGUUUAGAGAACUAAUUGUGGCCAUUUUCCAAAUGGUAAGCAAACAUCAGGUAGACUUAAACGGGUCGGGCACCAACAACGGAGGUUCUAAUGGCGGUCCAAAGGGCCCUACCAUUAGUUUAACACCGGCACCAAAUGAAGGCAAGAAGAAAAAAUCCAGUAACUGUUGUUAA